AUGAUCCCGCUGAUCAAGACGCAGAACAUGGUCGACGAGGCCGAAGGGGUCCACGUCAACGGAGGCCCGGUCGAUGUGCUGCAGAUUCCCGGCCGAGAAUGGAAGGAGUUCCGGUUGCAACGGAAGCGGCCGCCCCCGACGACUCACGUACCGUGGAUCCGACGGACCGACAAGCUCAUCCCUACGGUGAAGCGGUUCCACAAGGGACGCCCGCAGCGGAUCCGACUGACGAACAUUGACACUCGGCUCACGAUCUGCUCGGCUCACACGACCUUCGUGGUGUGGUAUCGAGAAUGGCAAGUUCUUUCCUACGAAGCGGUCCGCGAUAAGACGCUGCUCAAGCGGGAAGCCGAGCUUUACGCUCAAUGGUUAGCCGGCCAGCCGUCGGCAGUGGACCGACCCGAGUACCCUAUUCCAACCGGACUGCUCCAACGUUCUCCCGAAUACUCUCGGGGCGAGCAAAUCUCGGAGCUGUUCGACAGCGAUGGGGGUGAGGAUUCUGACGGCUUGCCAGUGGGCAAUGAUCCGGGACCAAGCUCCUUGGGACCAGGCAGAAGCAGUCAAGUCGCUCCCGACGACACGCCAGCCGAUCCACAAGUGGCCGAAAUUGCUCCCGAUCAACCCUCGAUAACUCAGUUUCCGACUGUGGCGACAAACGGAGACACUCCGGAUUUGAAACCGCAUUGUGACCUCACCAAUGAAGCACCGACAACUCAUCUGGUCCCCCGUUACGACGCGCACACUCCCCUCGCUAUGGCGGAGCAUACCUUGAUGUCGGUGAUGAGCGUACUGGACAUGGACGAGGAUGAUGCGACAAAUGACAGCGCGUGGAUACCGACUGGAAGUUUCCCGACGACUCCUACUGCGUCAAGCCUCUCAAAGACACGGCUCCCGAAGAGUCAUACGGGGUGCGUGGUAUCUUUCGCGGGCUUGACACAGCCUGGGCAGUAUCGUGCAGAUGGAAGCUGCGCAUGGAUUGUGUGGCGCCUACCGGAGUGGAAAUUGAUGAUUGCCGCGAACGCUUACCUCGCCGACACGACGAGCCCCCUUGCCCAGAGCGCCGGUAUGACAUACGGCGUGCUGGCGGCUUUACAACUCGGUGCCGACGACUUGGUCGCUGUUAGCAAUUCAAGGCUGGCGUUGUUGCACUCGCUAGGGGCAGCUGACUCCGGGGCGAUGACUCAACCGAGUUACCACGAGGAGGUCAAGGCCCGACUGUGA